GUUGACAAAUAAACAGAGAGCGUCGGCUGAUCGACAGAAAGUCGGAAAAAUAGGAAAAAAGCCUGUAAAUAAUAUUUUUAAAUAGAUAAAAGCAAUUGUCUUGAGAUCGUGGGAGUUGUCAGAGGAUUUUGGUCGUUUUAUCGCAUUCGUGGCGGCUCAGGGGACACCGACAAUUUCCGUUCGUCGCUUAGAAUGAGAUAAAGGGGGCAAAAUGGACUUCCAGUGCACACAGGUCAUCGAGGAUGAUGGAAGCUCCGAGUCCUCGGGGUACAGCAGCCCCAAUGACAAAGCCCAGGUCGGGACUUUGGAGAUUGGAAAUCGUAGAUAUGCCAUCCUGAGGGGCUUGACGAAGGUUGGGAGACACCCAGCUUGUGAAAUAUGCCUCGAGGAUUCUACUGUAUCGAAAAUGCAUGCGGAGAUCGAGGCAAAUGGGAAAAAUGUCUUCAUUUGUGAUCUUCAGUCGUCCAACAAAACUCGGCUGAAUGAUGCAGUUCUACUCCCCUCGAGAUUUUACGAGCUCCAGGACGGCGCCUCCCUGAAAUUCGGGGUAGUCGAGGGUAGAUUCUUCCUGAAGAGACCGGAGAAUGAUUCAAUUCUCGCACCAGACACUCCCGAGCCCGGAUUGCGAUUGAGGAGUGAUGACUCCCAAGAGAUCUCUGUGAUCGAAGCCACACCAAGGCCCCAUGAUGACGAUAGUUUUCGUCGUCCUACGGUUCCUGCUCACAGGAGAACAAUUCCUACCAUGAAAUAUCCCACUCCAGAAUCAGGAGAGAAUCUUCAAAACCUGGAGACACAGGUGAAUUCUGAAGACCAUCUCCAAGACCUCGAAACGCAAUCCUCAACCCUCAAGAAUGACAACAGAACAACCAAUGACUCCGACAUUCAGGUGAUGGAGACGCAGGUGGGAGGGAGUGGCCAAGAGGUUAAUGACCACCCGGAAGACUUGGUGAACAUCCAGGAGAUGGAGACACAAGUAGUCAAUGAUACUUCUAGGCUUCAAUUGUCAGAAAAUGUCCGAAAAAACAUUCAAGAAUUUGAUACCCAGGUGUUGUUUGCUGCUUCUGGAGAUGAUGUAGAAGAUGACUGUGGUGCUCCUGGAGGUUUAAAAAAAGUUGCUAGUGGAAAUUCUCCUGGUAGAAAAGUUGAGAUUCACGAGCUUGAGACCCAGAGCUUCAACCCCGAUGAUAAUGAUGAUGAGCUGGAGGAUGAUGUUCCUGGAUGUUCCAAAACCAUGGCAGAUGGCAACAAACUUAGGCACAGAUAUACAUACACGAUUGAAGGCGUUAAACCCCUGGGAGGCGACCCUAAGAACAGGAAAAACAUGCAGGAAAUUGAGACUCAGGCAUUUCACCCUGAAGAUGAUGCAGAAGGUGCGGAUGUCUUCAGGAGGAAUGCUCCUGGGAGGAAAAAUGAAAUUUACGAGAUGGAAACUCAAGACUCUGAUCGUGAUACUGACAACAACAAGCUCAUUUCCAAACGUAAAGGCAACUGUCAAGAUGAAAAAUCAUUGAAAAAUGAUCCUGAAAAUUCCAGACCUCUUCCUGAGGGUUCCAGCAUCCAAGACCUGGAGACCCAGGCGCCUCAACUUACAAUUCAUGAUCUCCACACUCAGGCAGUUGAUCCUGAUGAUAACCAUGAUGAUCUUUGUGGGAUCUAUGAUCUCCCCACCCAGACCAAUUUCGAAUAUUCUGAAACUCUCAAACGUGAGAAGGGGGAAGCUAGAGUCUCCAGGAGUCAGAGUUCUUCUCCAGAGCUUAUUAAUGGCCCUGGGCACAUCAUCAUUGAUGAUUCUGAUGAGGAGGAUAGUAUUCUUGAUGAAUCGACAUCAUUGAGUGAAAAUCAUCGAACGGCGGAAGAGGCGAAUGUUGGAGAGGGAGGGAGUGAUAAGGGGAGAUUCAAGAAAAAUGGAAUCGUCAGCGAUUCUGACAGCAAUGAUGAUAAUGAUGAUGGAGACAAUGUGGGGAAAAUGAAGGUUAAAAAAUUGGGAAAAAGUUUUGGGAGCGGUGAACAAUCAUCUAAAAAUGAUGGCAAAUCAUCAGAAACUGUUGAGAAAAUGGUGGUUGAUGAUUCGGAAUGCGAAACUGAUUUUGAGGAGUUCGAAGGAGCUAAAGUGAAUGGGAAAUCAUCGAAGAAUGAUUUUAAAAAUUCCAAGUCAUCGAAAAAAGGUUCCAAGUCAUCGAAGAAUGAUUUUAAAAAUUCGAAAUCAUUGAAAAAUAAUUUCAAAAAGUCAUCAAAAUCAACUGCUGCAGCUUCUGAUGAUGACAACACAGAUUAUGAAGAUUUGGGCACUUCAAAAAGUACUUCAAAAUCAUCGAAAAAUGAUCUCAACUCAUCAUCACCUGCAGCUUCUGAAGAUGAUACAGAUUUCGAGGAAGACUCAAGUAUCUCUAAAAUCAUGUCAAAAUCAUCAAAAGCUGACCUGAAAAAUUCAAAAUCAUCGAUUGAUUAUUCCAAAUCAUCAAAAUCAGCUCGCCAACUCUUAAAAGUGAUUCCUGCAUCUUCCGAAGAGGACACAGACUUCGAGGAUAAUCCAUCGAAAUCAUCAAUGAUACAAUCUACUAAAGCAUCUUACAUCAUUUCAGACAGUGAAGAUGACGAAAAAACUCCAGAAAAAUCAUUGAAAACAUCGGGAAAAUGUCCAAGAACUUCUUCUCCAGACAUGACAAAAAUCUCUUCCACAUCAUCAAAAUCAUCAGGAUCCCCUGAGAAGCUUGGGAAAAUAAUUUCGAUAUCUUCAGAGUCAUCAGAAGGCGAAACUGGCGCUAAGAAACCCUCGAAAUCCUUGAGAAUCUCUCAAGAAUCAUCAAAAUAUCCCCCAGAAAAUCAUUCCAAGUCAUCAAGAGUCCCCAAUGGACAUUCAGAGGUCGUGACAAUCGAUGAAACUCCAGAGAAACCUCAUCAGGUCAUCGAAAACUCAUCAGGCAGUGACACAGACUUUGAAGAACCUGCAAAGCUAUCGAAAUCAUCAAAACAUGAUUGCAAAAAUUCUAAAUCAUCAAUGAAAUCACCAGAUGCAUUUGGAAGUGUUCAAGGAGCCUCUAGGACCUCUCAUGAUAAUUCAGGAGGUGAAGAAAAUGAUUCCAAGAUUCCAGAGAAAUCAUCAAAAAAUCAAAUUAAAAAUGUCGAUACCUCUGAUCUCCCUCCAGAUGUCCUCAGAAUGAUUCAAUCAACAAGAAAUUCAGAGGAUGAUGGCCCUGAUGAUGACGAUGAUCCUUAUUCAGCCCCAACUCAGCUCAUAGUCCAGCCAAAACGUUGGCGACUUACUCCGAAAGUUGAUUCAAAUAAUCUAUGUCAUUAUGAGGAUGAAGACGAAGAUUUGAUUCCAACUCAGAAAAUUGAUAUGGAAACUCUGAAAAAUCAAAGGGCUCUUGAUUUUGAUGACAUGGAUCCAACGCAGGUCAUUCCCAUGUCAUCAGGUCAGAAUGAUGAUGGCGACCUCGAGCCAACUCAGAAGAUUAAUUGCUCAUCCAGUAAAACACGACAGAUUAUGGAUUUCGAUGAUAUGGAACCAACUCAGCUCAUCUUGAAGAGUCAGAGGAAUGGGGCCCCGGGGCCAUCUAGGGGACAUGAAGAUGAUUUUGAAGUCAUCGAUCCCGACAAAACUCAGUCCCAGUACUUCGAUGAUGAUUCAUCAUCAAAAAAGAGACAGGUUAAUGACGAUGAUGAUCAGAAUAGGAAGAGAAGAAUGGGGUUCCUCAAUGAUAGUGAUUCUUGUCAGGUGAUCGAUGUUGAAGGCUUAAAGCGUCAACACAAUCUCCAAAAAAUGCAGAAGAAUGCACAAGAUUCAGGGAAGAGUAGGAAUUCCACGCCUAGAAAAUUCGCGACUAUUCCUUCCUCUGACUCUGAAGACCUCGAAAAUGUCCCUGAAGAGAAUUCUCACCUCUCCAAGAUCACUAAACUCCAAAAGAACCCUAGAAAUCUCCCAGAAACACCUAAAAAUCCGCAGAAAUCCAAGAAUUCCUCCAGAAAAGAUGCUAAACCCACCCCUAGGAAAUUGGCUGAGAUUCCGUCCUCAGACUCUGAAGACCUUGACAAUCCCCAAGAAAAUGUGCAUCCUUCCAGACCCUCAAGGGCCUCUAGAAAUUCCAAGAAACCCCACAAUUCUUACAAAAACGUCAAACCGGUCCCUAAAAUCUCCAAAACCAUUGCCAUUUCCUUAGAUUCUGAAGACCUCGAUGAUGCCCCCAAAAACAAUUCCCACCCCCCUAGAGCUCUCCCAGAAACCUCAAAAAAUCCCCAAAAACCCCAGAAAUCUUCCAGAAACAUCAAAUCCGCCCCUAAAAUCACCAAAACCACUCCCCCCUCAGAUUCCGAAGAUCUUGAUAAUGCUUCCAAAGACAAUUCCUACACCCCUAGAUCCUUGAGGCCCCCUAAAAAUCCCCAGCAGUCCCAGAAAAAGCUCCAAGAAUCGCAGAAUCUCUCCAGAACCUUGAAAAAAAUUCCCAAAAAAUCGACCCUCACCCCCCAGAAGACCCCGCCAAACCCCGAAGACUCGAAAAUCAUCACUUCGACGCCUUUCGGCGCCACCCCAGCCAAAAAACGACGAUUCAAUCUAUCUCUGAGGUCCAGGAGGGAAGCUGAGAGUAAGGACAGUGCAUUCAGUGAGUCCAGAAGCAUCUCCACCGACAAAUCCUCUCAGAAUAAUCCCCAGAGUCACCAAAAAACUGGGGAAAACCUGGAGGACUCCAUCACCAGAGACUUGGACAGUAUGUUUGGAGGGGUUGAGGACAGGGGUGUUGAUCCUGGGGGAUUUAUGAUGACCCAGGAGGUGGUGGACAUUUUGAAAUCCUCGCAGUCGCCUCCAGGAUCCCCCAAGGGUCAGGAGAUGGAGAGAAAAUCCCCAAAAAUUGUCAAAACCCGUGGCCGAAAAACUAAAAAAAAUCAGCAGAAAUCGACAAAUGUCAUGGGAAAAUCAGCAAGGCUUGCUUCUGGGGAUGAUGUGGACUCUCAGGAGAAUCAUCUCAGCAAUGCAAAGGGCCAAAAAUGUCCGAAAAACGUCUUGGUGAGCAUGUCCUCAGAGGACGAACCGAUCUUAGGGUUUGACAAGGCCGUGUCAAUUGCUGGGCCAUCUACUCCGAGGAAAUCUUCUAGACUCCAGGGUAAAGGCCAGAAAAUUAAGGAAAAUUCUGAGGAUCUCCUGAAAACCGAGAUCUGGGGGAUUUCAUCGCGUCCUUUGAGUAGUCCGGCUUCUUCGAUAUCAUCACAAGUGUCUGCUAGGGGUCCUGGGACCUCGGGGAAGGGCCUGGAAAGCCCUGGACGAUCGAAAGUCGUGAGGAUUCCCAAGAUUUCUCUCAGGAAAAUUGUUGAUAAAAAAUCUGUCGAUGAUUCUGAGGACGAGGACUCUGACUUUGAGAGCAUUAAUAAGAUGGCUGAUGGCUUCCUGACAUCUUCGGGGGUCGGCAAGAGCCCCCCCCGGCUAGGGAGAGGAAGGAAAACGGUGGUGGAGUCGAGGAUUCCAAAGAUGCAGCACAAGAUGGAAAAGAAGGACUUGAAGAAGAAUUUAAUAACGAGUAAGAGUAAGAGGCAGGAGGAUGGCGGCGAGGAGAGAUCGUUGAGGGGACGACUAAAUGAGGCAAAGAGUGUUGCCUCAAGCAAUACUGGGAGGAGCUUGGGAGUGAUCUUGGGCCAGGAUGAUGAAGUGGAGAGGAGUGACGACAAGUCGAAGAAUAUUGAGGAGGACGUGAAGACUAGCAGGGGAAGAGGAAGGAAAAAAGUGGCGCAAGUUGCUGAGGAGGAGGAGGAGGAGGAGGAGGAGGAGGUGGCAAGGAAGAGAGGACGUGGAAGGAAAAAUGAAGAGGAGGACGAGGGGAUGAGAAGGAGCAAGAGGGCAAGACGAGACAAUUCUGGGGAGUCCAGUCCUGGAGCGGAAUCCCAGGAGGUGAGGAGAAUCCUCCGUGGGGCUGAGGAGGCCCCUGGGGACCACAGGGGGCAGCAGGAGAGGCUUGAGGAUGUGGUGAGAGGGAAGAAGAGGAGGCUCGAGGAGGUGGCGAGCUCCCCCUCGAGGGCUGUGAGGUCCAGGAGUCUUCUGGAGGAGCACAGGACGCAGCAGGUGCUGUUUACUGGGGUCAAGGAGCAAGUGGACCAGGACUCGGUUGCUGCUCUCGGUGGUAUCGUCACAGACCAUCCCCACGAGGCCACUAUUCUCGUCACUGACAAGGUCCGGAGGACCGUCAAGUUCUUCUGCGCCAUCUCCAGGGGCAUCCCCAUCGUCUCCAUCGCCUGGUUGCAGUCGUCAGUGGCUGCAAAAAAAUUCCUCGACCCCAGCAAGUACAUUCUCCACGAUCCAGCCUCAGAGACCAGGUACAAAUUCAAUCUGGGGAGGUCUCUCAAUCGAGCCAGGGAGGGCAAACUCCUCGAGGGAAGGACCAUUGUCCUGACCUCCAAGCUCUCAGGACCCAGCAUUCCUGAUCUCAAGACCAUGGUCCAAACUGCUGGGGGCAAGUCUCUGGUGAGGGCACCUGCCAUCUGGCCUCCUGACUCUGUCAUCGUCAGCUGCCCCGAGGAUCUACCCAAGGUCAAGAAGAUGUUAUCAAGAGCGAAAAACGUCAGAGUUCAUGUCGUUGAUAUCGAAUUUUUACUCUCAGGACUCCUGAGGCAGGAACUUAACUACGAGGAAUUUGCUCUCAAGGUUUCUUAAUUACAAAUCUUAAUUAUGAAAACAUGCAUGAUUGGUUUGAUAAUCAUCUUGGGAUAAUUGUCAGGCUUUUGGGACCUGAGAAAAUUCAUAAACUUUUUUCCCACGAAGAAGAAGAAGAAAAAUAAAUGUUAAAACAGAGGGAAACAAAGAUUUAAGUUUAAACAAAUGAAAAAUUUGAAGAAGGUUGAGAAGAGAUGAUUAAAGUUAUUGAUUAAAACAAUGUUUUAGGUAAAAAUUUAUUGUUUUUUUUCUCUUAUUCGAGGGGAAAAUGUCUGAGAGAAACGAUGGGACCAGUUUUAAAAUGUUAUCUUCACCUUUUCACAAGGAAAAUUGAACAAGUUGAAUUAUAACAUUUUUUUUUGCGCAAAGUAGGGGUUCUUGUUCUCUGUUGUGACACGGGUGACGUGUAAUAUUUUUUUUUACCGUGGCGUGGAUAUUAUUUUUUCAAGAGUUGCCAGUGAUGGAUAUCGUAGAUUAGUAAAUAGUAGGAUAAUUUAUAUACUCAAGUGUAAUAUAAGGAGGCAAUGUCGAGAAGGCUAAAAACUCGUUUUACGCUAAUAAAUAAUUUUUUAAUGAAUCGA